AUGGGGUCCACGACACCCAUCUUGCCCGUCCCAGGCAAGAGGAACACGCUCAUUACGAGCGCGUUGCCUUACGUGAACAACGUGCCGCAUCUUGGCAACAUCAUUGGUAGUGUCCUCUCUGCCGAUGUCUAUUCACGUUUUUCAAAGAGCAGAGGCCAUCCUACCUUGUUCAUCUGCGGCUCGGAUGAGUACGGAACUGCAACUGAGACCAAGGCGCUCGAGGAGGGUGUCUCACCGGCCGAGCUCUGCGCAAAGUACCAUGCCCUCCAUAAAGGGAUCUAUGAUUGGUUUGAGAUUGCCUUUGACAAAUUUGGUCGCACUCCCACACCUCAACAAACCGAGAUCACUCAAGAUAUAUUCCGCAAGCUCUGGAAGAACGGUUAUAUCGAAGAGCGAGAGACAACUCAGCCCUUCUGCCCAGUAGAGGCUCAUCAUACGUUCCUCGCGGAUCGCUUUGUUGAGGGUACAUGCUCUAUCUGCGGUGACAACGGCGCCCGUGGUGAUCAGUGCGAUAAAUGUGGUAAUUUGCUAGAUCCUUUCGAGCCGGAGCCAGAAGCAGGCGCUCCAGGCGAUGAUCAGGACGUCCAAGCCAAAGCAACGGGUUGGCUUAUUAACCCGCGCUGUAAGCUAGAUGGCGCGACUCCUGAACGGCGAAAGACAAAGCACCUGUAUCUGCGACUCGAUGCGCUUAAGGACGAGAUCAAGUCGUGGUCAGACAAGGCCAGUGUAGACGGCAGCUGGAGCGCCAAUUGCAUUCAAAUCGUGAACUCAUGGAUCCAGAAAGGCUUGAAGGCUCGUGGAAUCACCCGUGAUCUUCGAUGGGGUACCCCUAUUCCCACUGGUCUCGAUGGCCUAAGCGAUGAAGAGUAUGCGAAGAAAGUGUUCUACGUUUGGUUUGAUGCGUGUAUUGGAUAUGUCUCCAUCACAAAGUGCUAUACCGAUGGAGACGACCUCCAAGGCAAGAACUGGGAGAAGUGGUGGAAAAAUCCUGAUGAGGUCUCUCUUGUUCAGUUCAUGGGCAAGGACAACGUUCAGUUCCACGCCAUUAUUUUCCCUGGCUCACAGUUGGGAACUGGCGACAAAUGGACCAUGGUCCACAAAUUGUCCACAACAGAGUACUUGAACUACGAGGACAGCAAAUUCAGCAAGUCCAAAGGAGUUGGUGUGUUCGGAAACAACGCCCAAGAUACUGGCAUCGAGCCAAAUGUCUGGAGAUACUAUCUACUUUCCCGACGGCCAGAAACUAGCGAUUCCGAGUUCAAGUGGCAAGAGUUCGUUGAUGCUAAUAACAACGAUCUCUUGAAGAACCUGGGCAAUUUCAACCAGAGAGUUCUCAAGUUUUGCCAAGCCAAGUACGAUAGCGUGGUACCGGACUAUACGAAGUACACUUCAGCGGAAUUUGAGAGUCAUAAGAAGCAGGUCAAUGCUACACUAAAAGAGUACAUUGCGAACCUAGAGGCGACCAAGUUACGACAAGGCUUGGCUGACGUCCUGUCCAUCUCUGCCCUCGGAAACAAGCUUCUACAAGAUAACAAGCUUGACAACCGCCUUUUGACCGAAGAACCUGAUCGAUGCGCCGCUGUCAUUGGCACUGCACUGAACCAGAUUAAGCUGCUCGCUAGCAUCCUCUACCCCUACAUGCCAGGCACUGCGGAGUCUAUUUUCACACAGCUGGGGCUUGAGCCUUCACCUUUCAUCCCAGAUACCUGGACAGCUGAUGACUUGAAGCCCGGCCACAAGCUAGGUGCACCCAAGCUCCUGUUCACGCAGAUCCCGGCAAGCAAGGUCGAAGAAUGGCGCGAGGCAUACGGUGGUGAAGAAGUCAGAAAACAGAAGGCGCUCGCCGCUGAGAAGGCCGCAGAAAAGAAGGCACAGAAGGAAAGAGAGAAGGAGAAGAAGAGGCUCAAGAAGGAGGCUGCAGCUGCGGCUGCGGCUGCUGCUGCGGCGAACGGUCAGCCUUCUUCGUCGGGCACCGUAGAGACGGCGGAGAAGCAGCAAGAAACUGAUCCCGUCAUUGAAAAAGUCACCGAGGCGCUGGAGAAGGCAGACGUGCAUACAUCCUAG